GGCCAGCUUUACUGCAAACAUGAAGCUCUUGUUAUUUUUCGGAUUGGUGGCUGUUGCCCUGGCUGAGGUCAAACGCUUUGAGGGAGAUAAGGUCUUCCGACUGAAGCCGAAUCUGGAUGCACAUGUGACCAUCAUUAAGGAUCUGGCUAAAAGCAUUGAGGUCGACUUCUGGAGGCCCGACAGUGAGGAUCUGGUGACCAUCGGCACUGAUGUGGACAUCCAAAUUCCUGCCAGGUACCUCAAUCUGGUGUACGCCACGUUGGACCAGAGUGCCAUGGAGUAUGAGAUUUUCAUCGAGGAUGUUCAGUCUGCUGUUGAUGGCCAGGCUGACAGUGGUGCCUCUCCAAGAGCUCACAGCUACACCAAGUACAACACGUGGAGCGAAAUUGAAGCAUGGAUAGAUUCCACUGCCUCCGCCAACCCUACCCUGGUCAGCAAGCAGGUCAUCGGAAACACAUUUGAAGGACGUCCAUUGAUUCUCCUUAAGAUUGGCAAGUCGUCCACCUCAACUAAACCUGCAAUCUUCAUGGACUGUGGUUUCCAUGCCAGAGAGUGGAUUGCUCAUGCUUUCUGCCAGUGGUUUGUCAAGGAGGCUGUGGAAACCUACGGCAGUGAUACUGAGAUGACCAGCCUACUCAACGACAUGGAUGUCUAUGUUAUGCCUGUCUUUAACGUUGACGGCUAUAUCUUCUCUCACACUAACAACAGGAUGUGGAGAAAGACUCGCUCCAAGAUAUCUGGAACAUCUUGCAUUGGAACCGAUCCCAACAGGAACUUUGACGCUGGCUGGUGCACAAUUGGAGCUUCCAGUGACCCCUGCAGCGAGACCUUCUGUGGCAAAACCCCUGAGUCCGAGAUUGAGACGAAGACUCUCGCUGACUUUAUCCGCAGUAACAAGUCCACCAUCAAGGCCUACAUCACUGUGCAUUCAUACUCUCAGCUGCUUCUCUUCCCCUACUCCUACACCUAUAAUCUGGCUGCACACCACAGCGAGCUGUUAACUGUUGCUAAGGGAGCCACUGCUGCUCUGACUAGUCUGUAUGGCACCCGCUACACCAUUGGACCAGGUGCAACAACUAUAUACCCAGCUGCAGGAGGCUCUGAUGACUGGGCCUAUGACCUGGGAAUAAAAUAUUCCUACACCAUUGAGUUGCGCGACACUGGUUUUUAUGGCUUCCUGCUGCCAGAGUCUCAGAUCAAGCCCACAUGUGAGGAGACCAUGCUGGCCAUCAAGUAUAUUGCCACCUACGUGCAGAAGAACCUCUAUUAAAAACUGUGGCAGCCAAGCCCCCCUGCCAAUGCAACUCAACUGCAGCAGCCCCCUCAGCCCUUGCCACCUAUAACCAAUUUUCUGCCCUGUUUCCAUGGAUACGGUCACGUCCCACCAUGUUUUCUCACUGUGUUUGACCGAAUGUCAAGAUGAGUGAAAACAAUAAAAUCAAUGAUCCAUUCCAA